AUGAAAUUAUUAACUGAAAUAAGGAUUAAUAUUCAAUAAAAGUAAAUAAUUCAAAAAUUAUUAAUGGUGUGGCUACUAUAGGAGCAGGUGUUAGUGUUAUUCGUUUAAACAUAAUUUUUGAUAAUUGUGAAUUCUCAAAUAAUAUAGCAUCUUUAGUUGGAGGUGGAAUCUAUUAUUAUCCAACAAAAUCUUACAUUUAAUAUUCAACUCUAAAUUUAGUUAUAAUAAGGCUUUAGUAGGAUCAGCUUAGAAGGUACACAAUUAAGUAAUCAAACAAAAUAUAAGAAUUAUUAUGAAUAAAAUAUUGGUACUUAAACAUAUGAAGAUCCAGUUGCAUUAACAAUCAUAAUGAAUAAUAGAGAGAUGUAAAUUGUUCCAUUUUUUAAAUAUACUAAUGAAGAUGGAGAUGUGAUAUAGAUAUUUCAUUUUAAGUUUAUAUUAAUCUAUUGUUUUAAACAUAUACAGGAAUCCUCCAUAUCAAGUACUGUUACUAUGAUUGAUAAAUUGGCAAUGAAAAGACUAAGUUAUAAAAUUAUCCUGAAGCCACUUAUUUAUUAAUUUUGCCUACUGGUUAAAAAGUUAGGAAAUUACAAGUUCUAUUUUAUUGAAACAAUGGAAUAAAUACCCUAUGAUUGGAAUAUGAAAUUAAUUUAUUUAAAUAGAUUUGAUGAAAUUUUAGCUAAAGAAUACUCUUCAGAUUAAUGUUAGAAUUAAUUUGAAAGAGCUUUUAUUUUUUAUUUUUAAUUCAAUUAGAAAUAAAAUUAAGAAUAAUUGUAUUAAAAUAAUUAGAAAUAAAUUGUACAUUGAUGGCAGAAUAUAGAAUAUUAAUUUUUAUGAUAAUUCUAAAGAUUACACAACAAACUUUUUUAAUUAUAAUACUUUGAGUUAUGAUGUCGGCGAAUCAUCUUUUAAUUUGAAUGAAUUGAUAGUUUAAUUUGAUCCAUAUAUUGAUGAAGAUUUAUAUUUAGAAUUGAGAUGUAAAAUAUAUUAAAAUAUUAUAUAGUUUAUAGUGAAAAUGUAAAAAAACCAGUUUUGUAAAGAGAAUAUCCAUAUAAUGUAUUAUCCUAAGAUGUAACUCCAGUUGGAAUAAAAUUAAAAAAAGGAUGGUAUAGACCAUAUAUAGAUAAUGAUCAAUAUGAAUAUUGUUAAAAUCUUCCAGGAAAUUGCAAUGGUGGAUGAAUUUCUGGAAAUCCUUCAUGUUAUACUGGUCAUAUAGGUACACUUUGUAUAUUCUUUAAACAAUGAUAUUAGAUAUUCUAAUACAGAAAAGUACGUGUGUUCUCCUUGUUAAAAUACUAAAGAUUCAAGUAUAGGAAUUUUGGCUGGUAAUACAAUAUCAACAGUUGCAUCUAUUCCUUUAUCUGUAAAAGGAACAUAUGAAUUAGUUAAUUAAUUUUUAAUGGUUAAAAGUUUAGUUUUAAUGGGAGUAAGACUUAAUUAAAAUGCUAAUUAAUUAGCAACUCUUAUAAAGAUGUUAACAAAUUAUUUCUAGAUAUUAUAAAUUGUUAAUUAAUUCUAAUUAGAAUUACCUAAAGGAUUACCUAAAACAACAAAUGCUGCUGGAUAUCCAAUAAAAUCAAGUUCAUUUAGUUUAGAUUGUAUUCUAGAACCUAUGACAGAUAUUAAUAUGCUCUAUUUUAGAAUCAUAUGGGCUUUAGUUAUACCAUGCAUUUAUUUGAUCAUAUAUUUUAUUUAGUAUUUUUUUGGAGUUAUGAUUGGCAAGAUUCCUUAUAAAGCUACUAUGAUAAGUACAGCAUUUUAUUUAUAUGUUUAUUUUUGCAUAACCUACUUAGUAGGAGGAUUUAUAUAAUUAGGAAGUUCAAGAAUUAUAUCAGGAAUUAAUUGGGUUUAAGCAGAUGAUGCAUAUCGUAGUGAUACUGAUUAACAUUAAUUAUGGGUUGCUGCAUUUGUAGCACCUAUGAUUAUAAUUUGGGUUGGUAUUCUACUAUUAAUAUUCUUAUAUAAAGUUUAUACAUAUAGAUUUCAUUGAAAUAAUAGACAUAUUCAUUCAAGAUGAGGAUUCUUUUAUAAUGAAUAUGAUAAUACUGCUCAUUAUUGGGAAUUUGUUAAAAUCUUUUAAAAAGAAUUAAUGGUUAUUUUCUUAACAUUUUAUGAAGAUUAUGUUCUUAUCAAAGGUGCUCUUGUAAUUCUUGUUUUAUAAUACUAUUCUUGGAUAUUAAUUAACACUAAACCUUAUAAAAAUAACGAUCUUAAUUCUCUUGAUCGUUAUUCUACUAUUGUUUGCAUCAUUACAUUAUUGAUUGGGUUAUUAAUCUAUACUUCAUAAGAAUAUGAUACAUAAUACUUAAUCAUUAUCAUGUUUGUUUUAUUAGGUAUCUUUAACUUAAUAUACUUAAUAAAUAUAGUUUAGAAAAUAUUUGAAGGAUAUUUAAUUAAAUUAUCUGAUAAAAUAGAUCCAGUUAGGAAAAGCUAAUGGUUUAAUAGAUACUUUUAAAGAAGAAUAAAAUUAAACUAAAAAAGAGAAUGAAAAAGAUAAUAAUAAAGAUUAAGGAUUCUUUGGUGGUAAAUACCAUCAGGAAUAAAGGAUAAAAUUGAAAAAGCAGAAAAAAAAUUAGAUGAAAGAACAAGCUGAAGAUACAGUUGCAAAAGGAAAAUAAUUUGGUGGUAUUUGAAUAUCACAUAUUGAUUAGCUCAAAAAAAAAGUAUAUUUGGAAGUUUAGUAUUGAUGAUAAGGAUCAUGCUAUUGAACUGUUUGUAUCAGGAUUGUCAGGUAAAAAGAAAGGAGUACAUAAUGGAAAAAUUUUGAGGGAAGAAUCAUCGUAUCUAUAAUUUAUUAUUCAUAUUUUAGGGUUUUAGGAAGUUUUAAUUAUUCCAUGACCAUUUAAAGUAAUUUAUUAACAAUUUCUAAUAAUGGAGAUUUAUAUGACUUAAGGAUAAAUAAUAUGUAAUUUAGUCAUCUUUAUCACAAUGGUAAUUUAUAAUUUGGAUUUUAGAAAAAACAAAAAAAGAAUUUUAAUUCGUACAAUGAUGGAAAUAAUUAAGAAGAUUAUUAUUCUAAAUUACCAAAACCUUAAUAAAAUAAACCAUUAUACAAUCCUUAUGUUAAAUUUAAUGAACCAAAACCUUAAUAACCAUAAGCAUCUUUUAAUUAAUAAUAAAUAAAAAAUGAUUUUGAAAAUUUUGGGAAUUUUCCAAAAAUCUUCAGCCCAAAUGAUAAUGUUUUUGGAAAUUUUUUUACAUUUGGAUUUAAUGAACCUUUAUAAUAAUAAUAAUAAUAAAUUAAGCCAUAAUAAUAAUCCUAAAAUUAAUUUUAAUAAGACUUUAAACCAAAUCCUUUUGGAGAUUUUUAACAACCAAAUUAACCAUUUUUCUAACCACCCAUUCAAUAAUAAGUGAUUGAAUAACCAAAACCUAAGCCUCCUCCUUAAACAAAUUUAUUAGAUUUUGUAGAUGAUCCUUUCCUCCCUAAUAAUAAUAAUAAUCAGUACUUGUUUAAUAAUAAAAUUAAUAAUAACCUAUAUAUCAAUAACAACAAUAGUAAAUUUAAUAAUAACCUUUAUAUUAAAAUUUAAUAAUAACCUUUAUUAUAAAAUUCAAUAAACUAAGCACCUUAAUAAAACUUCUAAUAUGUUUAAAAUCCAUUAUAAUAAUAAUAAUAGUAAAAGGUUUUACCAUAAGAUUUAUUGGAUGCUUUUGAUUAUCCUGAACCAGUUGUACCAUAAUAUAAUGCACAAUUAUAAUUCAAUAUUACUUCCUUAUAUUAAUAAUAACAAGUAAAUUUUAAAUCUAUUUUAGUAAAAUAUUCCAAUUCAAUCAUCUAUUAUAACACAAUCCCCACCAUAAUAAUAAUAAUAAUUUGUAAUUAUUUUAUAAUCAAUAUUUAGAAAUAAAGCCUACCCAAUCAAUACCAACCCUAACCAUUCAAUCAAGUACCAUAACAAUAAUACCAAAAUUCUUAAAUUUCAAUUACCUAGUUAUAUAAUCAACCAUAAAUAUAAGUAAACAUGAAUGAAUCAGUUUAAAUAAAUGUAAAAAAUUAAUCAACUCCGUUUGAUGAUGUAUUUUGA